AACGGUCAUCAUGCAUUGGUCUGUUUGCAAUCCAAAGUUUAGUUAGCUAUAGUAAUACGACAGCUCGAGUCGCAGACAGACAGGCACAAAGCCCGUGGUCGAGACAAAAAGCUCUCGCAGACAAUACGCUAGCUAAUCGCGCAGUGAACCCUCGUUCAGGCUCUUCAAUUACCAGUGGUGUGUCGUGAGAAGCCAUGGCCGUCGCAGCAGCCCAGAAGAACCGCGAAAUGUUCGCCAUCAAGAAGUCCUACAGCAUCGAGAACGGUUACCCGUCUCGUCGCCGCUCUCUCGUAGACGACGCCCGGUUCGAAACCCUGGUAGUCAAACAGACCAAACAGAGCGUUCUGGAAGAGGCUCGCGCCCGCGCCAAUGACUCUGGCUUGGAGUCAGAAUUUAUCCAAGACGGGAUUCAUAUUGGCAACGGCGAUAACUCCCCGACUGUCGAAGAUGGCACCCAACAAGAUGAAACCAAGAAUGGUCACCUUGCUGACGCUGAUAUCGGUGACGACGAUGCCAAAGCUGAUGAGGACUAUACUUUGACCGAAGAGGAAGUAAUUUUGCAAAACGCUGCAAGUGAAUCCCCUGAGGCAGAGCAGGCUACUCAGCAAGCGGCCCUUUUGUUACGCAUGCGAGAUGGAAUGGGCUCACUCGCACGCAUUCUGAAGACCAUUGACAACUACAAGGGAUGCGUUCAGCAUCUCGAGACUCGUCCUUCUCAACAAGCCGGUGUCCAGUUUGACGCCCUCGUCAAAGUCAGCAUGUCUCGCAUCAAUCUUUUGCAACUUAUCAGAUCUCUUCGUCAGUCAACCUCUUUCGCUGGAGUUAACCUCGUUUCUGAGAACAACAUUUCAAGCAAAACCCCGUGGUUCCCUCGCCACGCCUCGGAUCUUGAUAACUGCAACCAUCUAAUGACCAAGUAUGAGCCCGAAUUGGAUAUGAACCAUCCUGGUUUCGCUGAUAAGGAAUACAGAGAGCGCAGGAAGCAAAUCGCUGAAAUUGCUUUUGGCUACAAGUACGGAGACCCCAUCCCGUCCAUCACCUACAAGGAGACCGAGAAUGCUACCUGGCAGCGAGUUUUCAACACCGUGUUAGAUCUCAUGCCAAAGCAUGCUUGUAAGGAGUACAAAGCUGCUUUCGGUAAACUGCAAGCGGCUGACAUCUUUGUACCUCACCGCAUCCCUCAGCUGGAGGAUGUGAGCAACUUCCUUCGCAAGCACACGGGCUUCACGCUGCGCCCGGCGGCUGGUCUCCUCACCGCCCGCGACUUCCUGGCCUCGCUCGCGUUCCGCGUUUUCCAAUCGACUCAAUAUGUUCGCCACGCCAACUCACCUUUCCACACUCCUGAACCUGACUGCAUCCACGAGCUUCUUGGACACAUCCCUCUCUUGGCCGACCCCAGCUUCGCUCAGUUCUCUCAAGAAAUCGGACUUGCAUCUCUUGGCGCCUCAGACCCCGAAAUCGAAAAGCUCUCUACUGUGUACUGGUUCACCGUUGAAUUUGGACUUUGCAAGGAGAACCAACAGCUGAAGGCGUACGGUGCUGCUCUCUUAUCCUCAAUCGGAGAGUUGCUCCAUGCCCUCAGUGACAAGCCGGAACUCAGACCUUUCGAACCCGCAUCCACUUCUGUGCAGCCCUACCAAGACCAGGAAUACCAACCCAUCUACUACGUAGCUGAGAGCUUCGAAGAUGCCAAAGAUAAAUUCAGACGCUGGGUGUCGACCAUGUCUCGUCCCUUCGAAGUGCGCUUCAACCCGCAUACGGAGCGCGUCGAGAUGCUCGACUCUGUGGACAAACUGGAAACCCUCAUCUGGCAACUUAACACGGAGAUGCUCCACCUGACCAACGCCGUCAAGAAGCUCAAGGACUCGCAUUUCGAGUGAAUACCCAACCCGUAGUACACAUCAAUGGUUCAUUGCACGCGGCCUUGCCGCAUUCUGUAUAGCUAGUGAUAUAAUAGAUGUAAGACUGUUGUUGGCGUGUGUGGAGCGUAUGUGUGAGCGAUUGUGGAAACCAGCCGAUGGUACUUCGUUGCAUUCCUUUUUGUACCUUAUUGUAUUAUUUAUUAUGCCAGCUCAUUGCCCGGGUCUUGGAAACUUCAUGGGUCUCCUGAUUGCCCAUUUACGGAGCCUAUGUAAGUUUCUAGAGUCCUUUACUACCUAUUAUUAGUAUUAAUUUAUAAUUUAAUGAAACACAAAUAAAUAAAAAAUGGAGCACCAAAAAUAUAUAAAAAUGAAUCAUAAAAAUAAAUAUGCGUUUGCGUGAACUUUGAUGUUUCAUUAAUUACCUCGACCCUCCACGGAAGCCAGUCU